AUGACGGGUGGACUCAUGAAACAUGCAGCCAAUGCAGCUAUUGCUCCCGGUUCACCAUGGCGUCGCAUGGACGGAGAGCAACGUGCCCAACUUUUACACAAGGUAGCAGAUCUUGUGGAAAGGGACAGGAAUAUCCUAGCUUCACUUGAAUCACUUGACAACGGGAAGCCGUUUACGACAGCUUACGAUGUCGAUCUUUCAUUAUCGAUCGAGUGCAUCAGGUGA